GCCUAGGAUCAACAUGUCGUCCCAAGAAGCUAAGCCUGCCAAAAAUGCCAAAAAAACCGAGUCUGCGGUAGACUUCUUCACCAAUUUCAUUCUGGGUGGUGUAAGCGCGGCUAUAUCAAAGACAGUUGCUGCUCCGAUUGAGCGUGUGAAGUUAAAUCUUCAGAACCAAGAGGAAAUGAUCAAGAAUGGAUCCCUCGAUCGCCCGUACAAGGGAAUUGGAGAUUGUUUUAAGAGGGUGACUGUUGAGGAGGGCGUCUUGGCAUUAUGGAGGGGGAACUUGGCGAACGUGCUUCGUUAUUUUCCCACCCAGGCCCUGAAUUUUGCCUUCAAGGAUUACUUUAAGAGCAUGUUUGGAUACAAGAAAGAGAAAGACGGCUAUGCGCUCGCGUUUUUUGGAAACGUGGCGUCUGGAGGAAUGGCAGGAGCAGCAUCAUUGACAGUGGUGUACUCUUUGGAUUAUGCACGUACUCGUCUGGCUAAUGACAACAAGAGUGCAAAGAAAGGUGGAGAACGUCAAUUCAACGGAUUGGUUGAUGUGUAUGUCAAGACGUUGGCGUCGGACGGUGUUAUGGGUCUCUAUCGUGGGUUCGUCAUCUCUUGCGUCGGCAUUGUGGUUUAUAGAGGCUUAUAUUUUGGUUUGUACGACUCCGUGAAGCCCCUUCUCCCGGGCAAUUACAGGGAUUCCUUCACUUCCAACUUUAUGCUCGCGUGGUGCGUCACGACGACUGCCGGACUAGCGUCCUAUCCAAUUGACACGGUCCGCAGACGAAUGAUGAUGACGUCUGGACAGCUCGUCAAGUAUUCGUCCUCAUUAGACGCGUUCGUACAAAUUGCCAAAAAGGAAGGCUGGCGCACCUUCUUCCGCGGCGCAGCUGCUAACAUCCUACGUGCAAUCGCUGGCGCAGGCGCACUUUCAGGAUACGAUCAAUUGCAAAUCCUGAUGUUUGGGCGCAGCUACGGAUCAGGCGGCUCUGCGUAAAGGGUCACCUCAUUUUUGCACAAUUAGCUCGUCGUACACUAAAUUAAACGUUGUACCAGGAAUUUUUUGUUGCUGUUAA